AUGGCCACCAAGCUCCUCGACAAGCUCGCCGUCGCGGCCGACCCGCCCCCGCCGGGCGGCGGCGCGCUGCCGCUCACCUUCUUCGACGUGCCCUGGAUCUUCACGGGCCCCGUGGAGCGCGUCUUCUUCUACCCCUACCCGCACCCCGUCCACCAAUUCACCGCCUCCCUCCUCCCCCGCCUCGUCUCCUCCCUCGCCGCCGCGCUCGGCCGCUUCUACCCCCUCCUCGGCCGCGUCCGCCCUCGCGCCGACGGCGAGGGGUACGAGUUCUGCUCCGCGGAUGGCGACGCCGUCGAGCUCACCGUCGCCGAGAGCGAGGACGACUUCGAGGAGCUCGCCGGCGACGGGCCCCGGGACGUCGCCCGGCUCUACUCGCUCGUGCCGCGGCUCCCCGCGCCGGGGGAGGAGGGGUUCGCGCUCGCCGCCGUGCAGGUGACCGUGUUCGCCGGCCGCGGGAUCGCCGUUGGCGUGUCGAUACACCAUGUCGCCUGCGACGACUCCAGCUACAUGCAUUUCGUCAAGACCUGGGCCGGCCACUGCCGUCUUGCCGCCGCCCGUGAUGAAGAGGAAGCCGGUGCGGUGCCCCCUCCGCCGUUCUUGGACCGCGCCGUCAUCGCGGACCCCGACGGUCUCGCCGCGAGGACGCUCGACGAAAUGCGGCAGCUGGCGGCGAGCGGGCCUCCCCCCGCGCCUCCUCCAGGCCCACCGCCGAAGCUGGUCAUCGCGUCCUUCACGCUCGCGCGCGGCUGCAUCGACAAGCUCAAGCAGCGCGUGGCCGCCAACGCCGCCGCCACGGCCGGCGUCCACUGCUCAGCGUUCACGGUGGCGUGCGCGUUCGCGUGGGCGUGCCUGGCGCGCGCGGGGGCCGCGGCCUGCGACCAGGACCUCGCGCACCUGCUCUUCUCGGUGGAGUGCCGGCGCCGCCUCGCCCCGCCGGUGCCGCAGGAGUACCUGGGCAACUGCCUGCGGCCCUGCUUCGUGGAGGUCGGCGCGCGCGACCUGCUCGCGCCCGACGGCGUCGCCACGGCCGCCGCCGCGAUCGGCGCCUCCAUCAGGGCGCUGGACGUUGCCGGCGGCGUGAUGGCCGGCGCCGAGGGGUGGUUCCAGAAGAUCCUCUCGCUGGUGCCGCGGCGGCCCAUGUCCGUCGGCGGCUCGCCGCGGUAUGGCGUCUACGACACCGACUUCGGGCUCGGCCGCCCAACCAAGGUCGAGCUGGUGUCCAUCGACAAGACGCCCGGCACGGUGUCGCUGGCCGAGGGCACCGACGGGGAACGCGGGAUCGAGGUCGGCGUGGCGCUGCCGGAGGCCGAGAUGGCGCGGUUCGCAUCCUGCUUCGCCGAUGGCCUGCUGCAGCUAUGAGAGAUCUUGCAGCUGGCCACUGCAAGAACAAGAGGAAAACUACAGUAGUUGUUUUCGCUGUUCAUAUUGCCAAAUUGCAAUUGCUGCUAGUGUAUACUACUACGGAGUAAAAUGUAUAUUUCAGAGCUGGAUAAUAAUACUACUAAAAUUGAAAUAUCAGAAAAUGUGAGCAUCUUAGUGCUGAUCAACACACGGAUUAGCAAUGGGUUUUGACCAUUAUCAAU